AUGGUUGGAGAUUUUAGUAUACACACCGGUGUGAAACGUGAAUUUGGCAUUCUGGACUAUAUACAUUUUUCUCUGUUAUUCGUACUGUUGGCAGCUAUAGGAAUUUACCAUGCAUACAAGGACAGAAAGAAUUUCGAUGUUAAACAUUUUCAUCUCGGAGGCAGACAAAUGCAUCCACUUCUUGUUAGUUUUUCGCUGGUGGCGACUUUCCUUUCCGCCUUAACUGUAAUUGGAGUACCGGCGGAGAUAUACACGUAUGGAACUAUGUACAUUUGGCUUACCUUUGGACUGUUUGUGGCAACAGCUGGAGCAGCGCAUGUAUUCCUGCCGAUUUUUUACCACUUGAACACGACGAGCUGUUUCAGAUAUCUACAAUUGCGGUAUGGAACAGUAAUUAGACUUAUGGUGUCAAUUAUGUUUAUACUACAGACACUGCUUUACAUGGGGUUUAUACUUUAUGUUCCAUCUUUGUCCUUCCAGGCGGUAACUGGGUUAUCCCUAUGGGGUACUAUGAUAGGUGUGGCGUCCGUCUGUACGCUGUAUACACUUUUAGGCGGGAUGAAGACAGUUUUAUGGACGGACAGUCUACAACUAAUUAUCAUGUUCGCUGGACUUAUAACAUUACUUAUUAUGGGAUCUGCUAAGGUUGGUGGCUUUUCGAAAGCAUGGCAAACUGCAAGUGAACACGGCCGCAUUGAAUUUACAGAUUUUUCACUAGACCCCCGCACAAGGCAUUCGGUAUGGUCUUUAGGUAUCGGAGGAGGCAUAUUUUGGUCAUUUCUUUACGGAGUCAACCAGUCACAAGUUCAGCGUCAGUGUUCUCUUCCAACCUUGCGUAGAGCACAAAUUGCCGUAUGGUUGAACUUCCCCGGAUUAGUUCUGAUAAUCACACUGGCCUGCUUGAUUGGUGUCGUAAUGUAUGCAUGCUACAGUGAAUGUGAUCCUGUUAAAUUUGGACUCGUAGAUAAAGCUGACCAGAUUUUACCAUUAAUGGUUCUCGACGUGCUUGGGACAACACAAGGAUUAACAGGUAUAUUUAUGGCAUGUGUGUUUAGCGCAAGUCUUAGCUCAAUGUCUUCUGGGCUAAAUGCAAUGUCAGCUAUUGUAACCGAAGACUAUUUAAAACAUUUCUGUUUUAAAUCUCUAUCUGGCAAGAGGGAAUUGGUGUUUUCGAAACUCAUAGUACUUGUGUUUGGAUUUGUAAUGUUUUCUGUCGCUGUCAUCAUUUCUGAAACUGACAGUUUGGUUAUUCUACAAUUAUCAUACUCAUUGUAUGCAAUACUGUCAGGUCCAAUGUUUGGCUGCUUCAUAGCGGGCAUGAUAUUCCCAUGGACAAAUAAGCAUGGUGCUCUAGCAGGGUUGAUAACUUCAUUAGGGUUUAUGAGUUGGUUAGGUAUCGGCGCGCUCGUAAACCGGCCACCAGGUACUAAACCAUUACCAGUAUUAACCGAUGGCUGCAACUGGGAAGUAACACGCACCAAUUCCUCUAUUACAACAGUUUCGUCAACUCCACAGUCCAAUUUAUCUAUCUCUUCUGUAACUAAUGAAAUAGAAACAGAUGAAGCGAUUGUAAACAACUUUUACAGAAUGUCAUACCAAUGGUACCCUGCUUUUGGAAUGUUAACGAACAUAGCAGUGUCACUUAUUGUAAGUUUCAUCACGGGAUACACGGAUCCAAGUACUGUUAACAAUAAAUUAAUGUGUCCCCUGUUUUAUAAAAUGUUUCCAUGCCUACCGGCAAAAUUCAGGCACUACUUGUACUUUGGCGUAAAUUACGAAAUUGAAACAUCGGAUAAGAAACACGAUGAGAAACUCGAUGAAGAAGUCAGUCUGUUUGUGUCUAGUGAUAAAUGUAGGCGCGAUGAUGUUUGUGUCUAG